ACUGACUCACAACCAAAAGGAAAAAAACAAAAACGGGGGAAAAGAUGGAGCACAGAGACGCCGACUUCAACAUAAUGCUAGCGACCGAUUCAUACAAGGUAACACAUUACAAACAGUACCCCCCCAACACGAGUAAAGUGUACUCCUACUUCGAGUGCCGCGAGAAGAGGACGGAUCCCACCAAGAGCAGAAAAGUCAAAUAUGACAAAACCGUCUUCUACGGCCUACAGUACAUCCUUUACAAAUACCUAAAAGGAAAGGUAGUGACUCCAGAGAAGAUCCAGGAGGCGAAGGAGGUAUACAGAGAACACUUCCAGGAUGAUGUUUUCAAUGAGAAGGGGUGGACUUAUAUUUUGGAGAAAUACAAUGGACACCUGCCUAUUGAAAUCAAGGCAGUGCCAGAGGGGAGUGUCAUUCCUCGGGGCAAUGUUUUGUUCACAGUAGAGAGCACGGACCCUGAAUGCUACUGGCUCACCAACUGGGUGGAGACCAUCCUGGUCCAGAUCUGGUACCCCAUCACUGUGGCGACCAACUCCAGGGAGCAGAAGAAGAUCCUCGCCAAGUACCUCCUGGAAACUUCGGGUAACUUGGAGAAACUGGAGUACAAACUGCAUGACUUUGGCUACAGGGGCGUCUCCUCACAAGAGACUGCGGGCAUCGGGGCCUCCGCCCAUCUGGUCAACUUCAAGGGCACAGACACGGUCGCUGGCAUCGGAGUCAUUAAGAAGUACUACGGCACCAAGGAUCCUGUGCCAGGCUUCUCGGUGCCUGCUGCAGAGCACAGUACCAUCACGGCGUGGGGAAAGGACCAUGAAAAAGAUGCCUUCGAGCACAUCAUCAAGCAGUUCCCCAGCGUGCCCGUAUCCAUAGUCAGCGACAGCUACGACAUCUACAACGCCUGUGAGAAGAUCUGGGGAGAGGACCUACGGGGGCUGAUAGAGAAGCGCAGUGCGGAUGCCCCGCUGGUUGUCCGACCAGACUCGGGAAACCCUCUGGAUACGGUUUUGAAGGUUUUGGAGAUCCUGGGUAAGAAGUUUAUUCCGGUGGAGAACUCUAAAGGUUUUAGGGUUCUUCCUCCUUACAUCAGAGUUAUACAAGGAGACGGAGUUGAUAUCAACACACUGCAGGAGAUAGUGGAGGGCAUGAAAGAACACAAGUGGUCCAUCGAGAACAUUGCCUUCGGGUCCGGAGGGGCUCUUCUGCAGAAACUGACCAGAGAUCUGCUCAACUGCUCCUUCAAAUGCAGCUACGUGGUCACUAAUGGACUGGGGGUGAAUGUGUUCAAGGACCCGGUGGCGGACCCCAACAAGAGGUCAAAGAAAGGUCGCCUGUCUCUGCACCGGACACAGAGCGGAGACUUUGUCACCCUGGAGGAGGGCAAGGGCGACCUGGAGGAGUACGGCGUGGACCUGCUGCACACAGUCUUUCAGAACGGGAAUAUCGUGAAGACGUACACAUUCGACGAAGUCAGAGACAAUGCUAAGCUCAAAGAGAGCGAGCUUGAAGAGCUGCCGCACUGAACGCAGCACUACUGAACCCCCCCACCACC